AUGGGCUUCGCUACCGGUUUUACCGGUGGCGUCACUCUGACCCUUUCCCUCGCCUACCUCUCGGUGCUUGCUCACCAACGCAACCGCGAGGAGCAGAGCCGAUCUCUGCGCGCCCAGGCCCUUACUCUGCAGAGCAUCGUCAGCCCGAUCCCGCAGCCGCUGCCCCCUUCUCGCGCCGAGGUUGCUGCCGCCCAACGAGCGGCCUCCAUUGAGAGCGCCAAGGACCGAUGGAACGACGAGGUUGAGAACGCGGUGCGGUGGAUGCAGAAGACGGACUGGACGGGGAUUCGGGAGGGCCUCGAGGCUCGCGUCGCUACCCUGUGGACCAAGGCGUUUGGGGAGAUGGCAGAGGAGGCGGACCGGGCGGGCGACAAAGUCGAACCCUUGGCCAGGACGGCCAAGUCUACCGCUGGAGAGGCCGGGAACAGCAUUUCGGCAGCUGCCAAGAGCGCCUUUGGCCGGGCAAAGGAGGCCGGCUCGCGGGCUGAGUCUGCGGUCCAAGGCAAGGCACUGGAUGCUAAGAUUGUCGGUACAAGGGCCAUUGCAGAGGCAGAGGACGAGGCAAAGAACACGGCAGCCGGGGCGCAGGGCGUCAUCGCCUCGGCACUUGAAAAGGGUAGAGACAAGGCUCAGGCCAUGGUGGGCAAGGUCAAGACGGCCGUGGGCAUGACCGAGGACGAGGCAGCAGGUACAGCUACAGAAGUCGUCGGUGGCAAGGAACCGAACCCCGUGCAGAGGGCUCUGCAGCAGCGAUACGAGAGGGCCGAUGCCAAGGUGAACCGGAACGUGGCCGAGGUGUUGAGGGAGAGGUACAUGCCGAUGGACCAGCGCGACAACACGGUGCUGCGAGGGUUAUAG